CGAAGUCUGUGAGCCUCAACAAUUCUUACGGUUUAAGACAUAUAUUCUAUAUGAAGCGAUAAAAUGACGUGUUUCAGUGUUCCACCACCCACUACAAACAAUACAAUAACACAAUUGUCAACAAAACUGUCUAAAUGUUUCUCUCAUUUGUUCUUCCUGUUUAGUCAAAACAUCAUGUGGUCUCUAGCAGCAGCAAACAGAUAUAAGAUAGAAACAAACAAAGGAAGCUGCAAUCUUGAGCUCACAGGCUUUCAUGGCUUCCAAAUCCAAGCAACCACCGCACUUCCUUCUCAUCCCACUCAUGGCUCAAGGCCAUCUAAUCCCCAUGGCCGAUUUGGCCAAGCUUCUAGCUGAAAAUGGAGCCAGGGUCACCCUCAUCACCACCCCCCAAAACACAUCGCGAGUCAACUCCCUACUCUCCCACCCAAACCGAUCACAAAUCCAAGUCCUUCACCUCCAAUUCCCACCUCACCAACAAUCCGGCGUUCCACAAGGCUGCGAGAAUUGUGACUCCUUGCCUUCACUUAGUUUACUCCCCAAAUUCUUGUCGGCAACAUCUCUUCUCUGUCGGGCCACAGAGGAUUUGUUCCAGCAGCUGUCUCCCAGACCGAGCUGUAUCGUGUCGGACACGACGUUGCCUUGGACAAUUAAGGUUGCCCACAAGUUUAAUGUUCCUAGGCUUGUUUUCUACAGCUUUUCUUCGUUGUAUCUGUUGAGUAUGGCGAAUCUACGAGCCGCAGGUGUGAUCGACAAAAUCAUGUCUGCUUCUGAGUCCGAGGUGAUUGUUAUGCCCAAUUUGCCUGAUAAAGUGGAGGUCACUAAGCCGCAACUUAUCUUCACUUUGGAUGCUGAGUUCAUGGAGUUGACCAAUGAAAUGAAUAAAGCUGACCAGGCUUCCCAUGGUAUCAUUCUCAACUCUUUUGAUGCUCUGGAACCAAAUUACCUCGAGGAGUUAAAGAAGGCCACAGGAUCAGAAAAACUUUGGUGUGUUGGGCCCGUUUCAUUAUGCAACAGAGACACAGCCGACAAGGUUGUACGAGGAGGCAAGGCCGCCAUCGACGAACAUGAAUGUCUCAAAUGGCUCGACAGACAACAGCCCGGCUCAGUCGUCUACGCUGCACUCGGCAGUUUAUGCAACGUAGUAGCAGCGCAAAUCAUAGAACUUGGGCUGGCUCUAGAGGCAUUGAACAGGCCAUUCAUUUGGGUAAUAAGACAAACCGAAGCCACCAAAAACCAACUAGAAAAGUGGCUGUCAGAAUCCGGGUUUGAAGAGAGAACCAAAGUAAGAGGGCUGGUGGUCCGUGGCUGGGCUCCGCAAGUGCUGAUAUUAUCACAUCCAGCAGCCGGAGCCUUUGUCACACACUGCGGCUGGAACUCGACCAUCGAAGGGAUCACGACGGGAGUGCCAAUGGUGGCGUGGCCGCUGUUCGCCGACCAGAUAUUCAACCAAAGGUUGAUCGUUCAGCUGCUGAAGGUUGGGGUCAGCGUGGGGGUGGAGAGGAGUGUUGUGUGGGGAGGUGAGGAGGAGGUCGGGGUUCAAGUGAAGAUGGAAAGCAUUAGAGAUGCAAUUGAGAAGGUGAUGGAUGGAGAUGGAAAUAAGGAGAUGAGAAGAAGAUUGAGGGAUUUAGCUGAAAGAGCGAAGGCGGCCAUGGAAGAAGGAGGCUCUUCUAAUCUCAAUUUGAAGCUGUUGAUUGAAGAUAUUACGCAGAUAAAGGCUCAAGGCCCUCGAAAAUACCCAAUAAUCAAACUACUUGUAAGCUCUUGUCAUACUUAAUCCUUACCAUGAUUUCUUGAGCUAUAUGCUCCUAUCCUAACUUUGGCGUUAGUCAAUGCCAUGACUUAUUGUUUACGCUAGCCUUAUUCAACUUAUGCAUCCCUAAACUUUAUACACUCCUAUUUUAAGGUAGAUAACCAAAUCCCUUGAGCCAUAAUGUAUGGAGGUUGUACUUAGCUUUUUGUUUACAUUUUUCAAAAUCUAUCCUUAAUCCGAUGUUAUUGGCACGUGAGUCAACUUGUCCUAUAAUAGGUCCACAGGUAAGUCUCGUGUAUUUGAA